CUUCAAGUGAUCUUCCGGCCUCCUGCACUUCAUCUCGUCGCUGUCGCCUCUAGGGACAUCCCACGCUGGUCCGAAUCUCCUCUCUACCAUAAUAUUGUCCCGUCUAGCCAUUGUUGUCUCUGUGUAGACAUUUCUCCAGCGUCUGUCUUGCGACCAAAUUCAUCCCUCUCCCCGUUCGCCCGCCAUGUCUGCUCUUCGCUCUACCUCGCGCUUGAUCGCCUCCUCGCGGCCUCUGUUCCGGCCCGCAGCCUUUGCUCGCUCGUAUGCGACUGUUGAGACCGCUGCCCAGGAACCCAGCCCGUCCGAGAACCCUCGCACAAAGACCUUCCAUGUCUACCGCUGGAACCCCGACCAGCCCACCGAGAAGCCCAAGAUGCAGUCGUAUCAGCUGGACCUGAACAAGACCGGUCCCAUGAUGCUGGACGCGCUCAUCCGCAUAAAGAACGAGAUGGACCCCACCCUUACCUUCCGAAGAAGUUGCAGAGAAGGUAUCUGUGGAAGUUGCGCAAUGAACAUCGACGGUGUCAACACCCUGGCUUGCUUGUGCCGCAUCCCCACCGAGACUACCAAAGAGUCGCGCAUUUACCCAUUGCCUCACACAUACGUGGUCAAGGACUUGGUUCCUGACCUGACCUACUUCUACAAGCAGUACAAGUCCAUCAAGCCUUACCUGCAGCGUGAUACCAAGACUGAGGACGGUCUUGAGCACCGUCAAAGCCCCGAAGACCGCCGAAAGUUGGACGGUCUGUACGAAUGUAUUCUCUGCGCCUGCUGCUCGACUUCCUGCCCCUCGUACUGGUGGAACAGCGAGGAGUACCUCGGACCCGCCAUUCUGCUCCAGUCGUACCGUUGGUUGGCCGAUUCGCGUGACGAGAAGACCGCCGAGCGUAAGCAAGCUCUGGACAACAGCAUGAGCAUGUACCGAUGCCACACCAUUCUCAACUGCUCGCGAACCUGCCCCAAGGGAUUGAACCCGGCGCUGGCUAUUGCGCAGAUCAAGAAGAUGCUGGCAACCAACUAGAGUGGUGGAGCGAUAAAAAAGAACUGUUUCCUUCUGUCUUCCUGUCUUGUCUCUUAUAUCUCUUAUAUUUUCUUGAGUCUUGUUUUUUAUUCCCUCGAAUUUGGAGGCCUUCAUACCGGAUGUUUUCAUAGGUGUAAAUUGUGAAG